AUGGCGGAAAGCUUGAAACAUCCAAUUUCUACUUCUGGAUUUAAAUUUGAUAAUUACCAAAGGAACGCCUACUUGGAGACGAAGGGCGUUCCUGGGCCAAAGCUCACGAAAACUGGAACAACGAUUGUUGGAAUAAUCUUCAAGGAUGGAGUUAUUCUGGGAGCUGAUACUAGAGCAACUACAGAUACAAUCGUUAGUGAUAAAAACUGUCUAAAGAUCCAUUUCAUCGCAGACAAUAUAUAUUGUUGUGGAGCUGGAACAGCAGCCGAUACGGAUGUAGUGACAAGAAUGAUUGCUGCUCAAAUAAAACUUCAUUGUUUGACAACUGGAAGAAUCUGUCCUGUAAUGACUGCCAAUAGACUACUGAAACAGCACCUUUUUAAGUACCAUGGUUUUCUCGGAGUUGCUGGAAUCCUAGGCGGGGUCGAUAUGAGCGGACCCAGCUUGUACUCUAUAGCUCCCGCUGGUUCCACACACAAGAUGCAGUAUUCGAGCAUGGGAUCUGGAAGUUUAGCGGCGAUGGCGACACUCGAAAAAAGAUGGGAACGAGAUAUGCCAUUAGAAGACGGAAUGAGGCUCGUUAGAGAUGCCAUUGCUGGUGGAAUAUUUUCUGACUUGGGGUCUGGUAGCAACAUUGACUUAUGCGUAAUCACCAUGAGUGGAUGUAAAUUCAUUAGGCCACUUGAAGUGCCCAAUAAGAAAGGGAAAAUGCAACAAACUUAUCGUUAUAGACCCGGAGUUACUUCUGUUAUUUCUUCAAAAGUAACGCCUCUUGAAGUAGUUGAAUGUACCGUACGAAACUUUUCAGAUUCAGCCAGUGAAGACUCUUCAGUAGAUGAAGACUAG